CUUGCCUCUGGGAAGCUCAUACAAACUCAAAGCACUCCAACACGGAGAGAGAGAGUGAGAGAGAGAGAUGGAAGUAAUUAAAGUGCUUCACAUGAAUGGCGGAGUUGGAGAAACAAGCUAUGCUAACAACUCUUCUGUUCAGCUGGAGAUGAUAUCGAUGACGAGACCCAUCUUGGAGGAAGCCAUAACCGGCCUCUACUUAAGUAUCUUGCCAUGGCCAUCAACCCUCGCGAUCGCGGACUUGGGGUGUUCCUCAGGCUCGACCGCAUUUUUUGCAGUGUCUGAGGUUAUCAGAGCAGUGGAGAAUUUAAGCGGGAAAAUGGGGCAUAACGAGCCUCCCGAGUACCAAUGCUACCUGAAUGACUUACCAGGAAACGAUUUCAAUGCCCUCUUCAGGGCGUUACCAAAGAUGCAGGAGGAGGCCCGAUGUUUCUUCACUGGGGUUCCUGGCUCCUUUUAUGGCCGGCUCUUCCCUUGCAAGAGUUUACAUUUUGUUCACUCGUCGUUGGCUCUCAACUGGCUCUCUCAGGUUCCCCGGAUGAUAGAGUGUAACAAAGGGAAUAUAUACAUGGCAAGCUCAAGUCCGAAGAGUGUGAUGGAUGCUUAUUACCAGCAAUUUCAGAACAAUUUCUCAGUAUUUCUAAAGUGUCGUGCAAUGGAGCUUGUGCCUGGAGGAUGCAUGGUUCUGACAUUCCUGGGAAGAAGAAGCGAGGAUCGGUCGAGCUCAGAGUGUUGUAGCAUUUGGGAGCUCUUGGCCAUGGCUCUCAAUGAAAUGGUCUCAGAGGGACUAAUCGAAAAAGAGAAGAUGGACGCAUUUAACAUCCCACAGUAUUCGCCCUCCCCAUCAGAAGUCAAGGCAGAGGUUUUUAAGGAAGGAUCUUUCUUCAUCAACCAUUUGGAGGUCUCAUCAGAGGUGAAUUGGAGUGGUAACAACAAGAAAUUAAAUGGUCAUCGGAGCAGCAGCAACGGGAAGGACGGGGAAGGAUACCAUGUGGCAAGGUGCAUCAGAUCCGGCACCGAGCCCAUCCUGAUAAGCCACUUCGGUGAAGCGAUCAUGGAGGAUGUGUUCCACCGCUACGGGAUGCUGAUCGAGGACCGGAUGGCGAAGGAGAAGACCGUGUUCGUCGCUGUCACUGUGUCUCUUACGAGAAGGCCAGCAUGAGUAGAGGAGGUGGAGGAGAAAAUAUUUUUGAAGCAGUACCCGUUCAAAGAGUCAUGAGCGAGUUAUCCAUUAAUGGUAUAGUUAAUCCAUUGGAAUAAAGAAAAGGAUAACAUUAUUGGGAUUUUAUUUCAUUGUACUAGAUGCAUCGUCUUUCCUUAUAACCGAAAAAAAAAAAAUAGUGUUAUGCAGUGACACUAUCUCUCGCUUGUAAAUUAAGAAGUUGUCUUUUUUAUAGAAUUUCUUCCAUGCCCUUUUUAUUAUU